GGACGGCUCUGGCUCGCCGCGCACCGACGACGCGCAGACGCCCACCGGCACCGCCAAGACCCCACCAUGACUCUGAAUAAUGUCACCAUGCGUCAGGGCACUGUGGGCAUGCAGCCACAGCAGCGCUGGAGUGUCCCCGCCGACAGCCGGCAUCUGAUGGUUCAGAAGGACCCCCACCUCCACAACCGCCACUCUGUUGCCCCUGAAGGUCACUGCCGCCAGAGCUGGUCCUCUGACUCCACGGACUCUGUCAUCUCCUCCGAGCUGGGAAACACCUACUACCGUGUGGUGCUUAUAGGAGAGCAGGGGGUGGGCAAGUCCACCCUGGCCAACAUCUUUGCAGGUGUGCACGACAGCAUGGACAGCGACUGCGAGGUAUUGGGAGAAGAUACAUAUGAGCGCACCUUGAUUGUUGAUGGGGAAAGUGCGACUAUUAUCCUCCUGGACAUGUGGGAAAAUAAGGGGGAGAAUGAAUGGCUUCAAGAACAUUGCAUGCAGGUUGGGGAUGCCUACCUGAUCGUCUACUCCAUCACUGACCGAGCAAGCUUUGAAAAGGCAUCUGAGCUGCGAAUCCAGCUCCGCAGGGCCCGGCAGACAGAGGACAUUCCCAUCAUUUUGGUUGGCAACAAAAGUGACUUAGUGAGGUGUCGCGAAGUGUCUGUGUCAGAAGGGAGAGCUUGUGCUGUGGUGUUUGACUGCAAGUUCAUCGAGACGUCUGCAGUGGUCCAGCACAACGUGAAGGAACUGUUCGAGGGCAUCGUGCGGCAGGUCCGCCUCCGCCGGGACAGCAAGGAGAAGAAUGAGCGGCGGCUGGCCUACCAGAAAAGGCGGGAGAGCAUCCCCAGGAAAGCCAGGCGCUUCUGGGGCAAGAUCGUCGCCAAAAACAAUAAGAACAUGGCCUUCAAGCUCAAGUCGAAGUCCUGCCAUGAUCUCUCUGUGCUCUAGACACCCCCACAUCACCCAGAUGUCCCCGUAUGGACAUCGUUGCAGGCCAUUGGGACCAAUAAUCUAUAUUAGAUUGGACACUUAGGUAUUGUUAGAAGCGGCUUCCCUCUCUACAGCUGGGAACCUACAUGUUAGCCGCAUGGGCAACAAAAUGCAUGGGAAAUGAAAGGUCAAUGUUAAGUCAGUAUUUAUUAAUAAGAAAACUUGACCCUGUUACUUGGACACUUAGGAUUCAUCAGAGGACAUGUUUGAGGUCCACAUGGGUUACUUCUGUCCUUUGGACAACAGGUCAGAGAAGGUCACAGAAGAAUUCCUCCAACAGGAGCCUCUCAUUGCUGAACUUUUGCUCAGUGUUCCUCUAUGUGAAUUUGAGGACAUUGGGUCGGAAAGAAAUGUAGGAAUGCUGUCUGAGAGUUUACUGAACAGAGGAGAGCUGUGUGCGCACCUUCUCUCCGCAGAGCUAGGGUGGCAGAACUGCAACCCCAUCACGGUUGCGACAAUCGCUGCUCCAUCACACUGCAAAAGGAAGUGAUGGGCCGUGCUGGAAGCUGAGUUAACGGUUUUUGUUUAAAGGCCACAAAGUUGUGUAGACUUGGAAACUGGUAUGUGUUGCACAUAUUGGUUGAAAAAUUGUAUGUUUACUUAUGUGUCUUCUAACUUUUCUAUUUAGAGGAACUAUUUUCAUCAAAUUCUAUUUAGUCAAACCAUGUUUUAUGUUUCAUUGUUUUUGAAAUCAUGGAGCCAUUAUAAGAGUAUCUUAAAAAUUGAUUUAUUGGGAAUCUGGAGUGCAAAGUGAUUAUAUUUUAAAUGUAAUCAAAAGCCUGAAUUUUGUAUAAAACAUAAAAACUUCCAGUCUUUGGGUUGAUACUUGUAUGCCAUAGCUGUGUUCUAUUUAUUAUUAUUUUGCAAAAUAACCAUUUUAACAUUUGAUAAAGCAUAUUUAUGAACAUAUUUCUUAAUAAGAAGAA